AUGGCGUUUGUAUUCCCUACUGUUUUGGCAUGUAGCUUAGAUAAUCAGAUAUUGCCCUCUUAUGAUUACAUGAGAAAUUUGUUUCAAUCUGAGGAGAAGCUCAUUAGAGCUGUUAAAAGAUGUCCUGACAUUCUCAAAUACAACAUUGAGAAAUAUAUUUCACCUAAAAUUGAUAUCUUGCGGGGACAUGGAGUGCCCGACUCCAACGUACCUACUCUGAUGCUUAACUGGCCUAAAUAUUUCGUGACGAGUCCGGAUAGAUUCCGAAAGAUUGUGGAGAAAGUUGAGGACAUGGGAUUUGAUGCUUCGAAAGCAACCUUUGUUUUAGCAGUGGGUGCAUUUUGGAUGAUGGACGAAUCAAGGUGGCAAAGCAAGAUUAAUGCAUAUAAGAAGUGGGGUUGGUCCGAAGAAGAGGUUUUGAAAGCCUUUAAAAAGAGUCCUUGGUGCAUGAUGAUAUCUGAAGAAAAGCUUAUGACAUCUAUGGAUUUCCUCAUCAACGGAAUGGGUUGGAAGCCCUGCCUUAUGGCUGAAUACCCUGUACUCUUUACAGUGAGCUUAAAGAAGAGAAUAAUCCCAAGGUGUUCGGUUUUUCAAUAUUUGUUGUCAAAUGGUUUGCUGGAGAAGGAAGUCAGCAUUCAUACGUUAUUGAAAGUUUCGGAGGAGAAGUUCUUGCAGAAGUUUGUCCUGCCUCACGGGGAGAAAGCGCCAAAGCUGUUGAAGUUGUACAUGGAAAAAUUGGAUUUUUCAGAGAGUGAUGGGAAUGUGUGA